AUUUGGUCAAUCAUCAUAGAGAGAAUCUUUUUCUUUCCCUCUUCCCUCUUCCCUUUUCCCUUUUCCCUUUUCCCUUUUGGAAUCUCUUCUCAAAUACAUCCAUCUUCUUGUACCUGAAACCAGGUACCUGCACGUUUACCAUCAUCAUAAGUGCCCGCAUAAUCCGAGCGCUGGGAAUUCAGAGUUUCAAUAUCAAAUCAACGUUUGUUUCACCAACAGAAUAGACCCGUACCCCGAGACCAUUCGCUUUUGAUCACUUCUCGAAGCUUAGCUUAAACAUCGGUUGUUUCCGUCAGAAUUUACAUCCUCAAGAACUCGUCAAGUUCUCCUUCACAGACACAGAGUCCAUUGUCCGCUCACAACAUAAUCGAAUAUUCAAGGACUCUAUCAGGUCCUGCUUCACAAAUAGAAAAUCCCAUGGUCCGCUUGUCAGAAUAAACCAUCCUCCAAGGUCGCAAGACCUUUACAAGUAUAACUCGGAAACAAAAGUGUCUAGUCCAUACCCGCGCAAACAAAUACAAGAGAAGCAGAAAAGAUGAGUCGGUGGUUUAAAUCUGCCGUGAAGGCGACUCCUGCCAUGGUUGCCCAGAGUGAGGAACAACAUUUGAGGGACGUCGAGGCCGCAAUGCUAAAGCUGUUAAACGAUGAUAUCGAGGAAGCCGACAAGUUAUUGAAGAAACAAGAUUCUUCAUACCAUCAUUUGGGAAGAGGAAUUUCUGGAUUCUUGUCCGCAAUGAUGGGAGUGGAGAAGGAUUUGUUAAAAGAGGCUGCGGUCAUCUUACAAGAUGCUGAGAACAAAAGUUGGGAUGAUAUGAAGAAGGCUCAGAAGGACUCGACGGCUUUUCAAUCAAAUAUAUAUCCGCAGGGUACUGAGUAUCUGUUGUGUUAUUCUGUGUAAGUUUGUUUCCGUAAGUAAGUGGAGCCCGAGCUGACAUGUUAUUUGUAGCGCUCAAUUGACCAGCGCAAUUACUGCAGUUCUCAGCGGAAGUAUUACAGAAGCCGUUAAGGGUUUCUAUAAAUUAAGAAAGGCAUAUCUUACAUUGGAUGGAAUAUUGGAGGUUGAGAAUAACUAUCUAGAAAAGAUAGCCCGUUCGAGUAGGGCUUCACUUUCCUCUAGGACGCCGAGUCACAAAAGUUCAAUGGCAGCACUUACUGUUGAUGAAAUUGCGCAUCGAACUGCAGAUCUAUCUGUAGGAGAUCUUGAUGAAAAGAUGCUAGAUCCCAAUAAUCCAUUUCCGGAUAUCUCAAGACCGCCUUCACCCCCUUCGGUUACGAACCCUUACGAUAUCGAUCCAGAACUUGCGGCAAAAGUAUUUACCAAUCGAACAGAUAUCUUCAUACAUUCUGGCGUUCGAUUAUGUUGCGGUCUUUUACUUCUUGUUUUCUCUAUGAUUGAGAAUCCAAUUUUUAACAAGAUAUUGUACAUUGUUGGAUUUAAAGGGGACCGAGAACGUGGAACAAGACUACUGUGGCAAGCGACAAGAUAUCAAAAUUUCAAUAGUGCUAUUGCUGCUCUUGCUCUACUGGGAUAUUACAAUGGAUUGGUUGGAUUCUGCGAUAUUCUACCCACUGACGACGCAGCUGAUGACAAUCUUACCGGAUAUCCAAAACAGAAAUGUCAGGCUCUCCUAGCUGACAUGCAAUCUCGAUAUCCCCAUUCUAAGUUGUGGAAAUUGGAGGAAGCUCGUAUGUUAUCAUAUAAGCAAGAUUUGAAAGGUGCUCUGGAAAUUCUGGAAGAGAAUUCCAAGAGUAAGAUGAAACAAAUUACUAUGAUCAAUACAUUUGAGAUGGCUCUUACUACAUUGUUCACUCAUGAAUACGAAAAAUCAGCUGCGGCAUGGAUUAAUUGCAGCGAGCAGAGUGCUUGGAGUCCUACCUUGUACUUUUACAUUGCUGGUAUUUCAUACGUCGAACUUUAUCGUAAUACACGAGUUAGCGAUCCUACAGCAGCUAAGGUUCACAAGAAAAAGGCUAUAGAAUUUAUUCUGAAAGCACCACCUCUAGCUGGUAAACAAAAAGUCAUGGCUAAACAACUGCCUUUUGAUAUCUACAUAGUUAGCAAAGUUGGAAAAUGGGAACAAAGAGCCAAAGCAUGGGGAGUUGAUCUCGUGGAUGCAAUUGGACCUAGUCCAUUUGUUGAAAUGAUAUUUUUCUGGAAUGGAGUAAAAAAGAGUGGAACAGUUGAAUUAGAGAAAUCUUUGGAUCUUCUCAAGGAGGAAAGAAUGACGCAUCCGGAAAAAUGUAAUGAGGAUGAAGAUGAUGUGGCUAUUCAUUUCUUACUUCGUGGUUGUAUGUUGAGAAAUUUGGGAAAGUAUGAGGAGGCGAGAAAAAUCUUGACGGAGGAAAUUGUUGAUUCUGAAAGGUAUUGAUCCCAUUUUCUAACUGUUAUUUCAUCUGGAAAUCACAACUAACGCAAUUAGACAUGCUCGUGGAGCUCUUCGUGAUGAUUGGACUCUUCCAUCUGCCUAUUAUGAAUUAGCAUGUUGUUCUUGGCGCGAAAAAGAUCUUUCUCCAGCGGGGGAUACAGCUUCAGAGGAAAAGAUGUCAGAAAAAAAGUUAUUGGAGUAUCGAAGACAAAAAAUAAUGGAUUGUGAGGAGAAAUUAUUAAAGUUGCAUACUUGGCCUCAAACCUAUGUUUUCGAGACGAGGAUGAGCUUUAAAAUUAGUACUAGUUUACUUACUGUUAAGAGGCACAAGGGGUUGAUGGGAUUUUAAAGGGAGGGGCAGGUUAGGGCGAAUAGAGGAUAGGAAAUUGGGAAGGAAAGGAUACAGGAUGGGAACGAGGAUAAGGCAUGGAAUAGAUGAUAGCAUGGAGGAUGUAUCAAAAAACACAGCUAUUCCAAAGUAAAGCAUGAAGAUGGGACAGAAAUGAAAGAUGCGAUGCCGCUUUGCAUAGGAUUUAUACAAACAUAUAUAGAUAGAUGCGAUGGGUUGGCUUGAUUUGGCUUGAGUUGGACUUAGGCGUUUGGUUUGGUUUGGUUAGGUUUAGUUUUUGUAGCUAUCUGCUUGGCUGGCUGGCUGGAUGGGAGGAUGGGUGAUAACGGGUCGGUUGGUCGGUAGGUGGCUUUGCCUUGGUUUGAUACCUAGGUAGGUAUAGGAGAUGGAUGGUAUGAUUAGAUUAUAUGAUAUGAUAAGUAACACAACAUAACGUAAUGGAUAUGUAUUUUGUAUAAAUAUGUAUAUAAGGAGUGAGUGUUGGGAAUAUUUGGUGAGGGGCGAUAGAUUAGAUGGUUGAUGGUAGAUUGUUGAUUUGAUAGGUGU